AUGGCGUCUCUGCAGAAAUUAAAAUUGUUAGCAACCCAAUGUGCCGUCGCUCGAAGCCCUACCCGGAGCCCCGUAAUCCACCUCCGCCGCCGCACAACCCUGCGAAUGCUACUCGGCCGCGGAGAUAGGAGGCUGCCACGUCGCUGUGAUCGCAACGACGAAGAGCGCUCCGUCAGGGUCAGCCACAAGCUGAAGGACUUGUUCGUGUCAUCGCCGCCAUCGGAGAAUAUUGGGGAGAGGCUGAUGCCAUCGGGCGGAGGUAGGAGAGGUGGGGCCCGCUCGAUGUCGGCGACGUUUCGGCAACGGUUGUUGAGGAGGCCUUGGCGGCCGGUACUUGUCCCCAUACCUGAGUGA